AUGGAUUCUGUAAGUUUAAAAGAUUCAACUUCAACUCCUUCCAACACGAAGGAUGCAGUAGACAAACAACGGCUUUUACAAGAAAGACGAGCUAAAUUAGCCAAAUGGAAACAAAAGAAAAUCGAACAAGAUUUACAAAAGAAAUCAAAUAAUGUUACUAACAAUGAUGCAAAUAUUAGAAUUAGAUCUGAACCUGUUAAUGUAAGAGAUAAAAAUGAUGAGGCUCUGCCGAUAACAGCCGCAAAACGGAUUAUCGAAGAUGUUGAUACUAUUCCGCCAAAAAAGGAAUCUAAAAAACAGAAACAAGUAGAAAGGAAACGUAAAAAGAAGAAGCAGGGCCAAAUUCCAUUUACAUUUUUUGGUGAUCCAGUUGUUUACAACUUGACAGGAACCAAAGUGGAUGAACAAAUUACAACUCCACCUCAAAUAUUCAGACCAGGGACGAAAGAAAUUCCUAGUAUUGAGACAAGAAAAAAUGAAGAUGUCGCAAUAGACCCGUUAGAACAAUUUAUGGACUCAUUAAAUGCAAAUGUUGAACCACGGGUCAUCAUGAAUAAUAAUGCCGGUGAUGUUAUGGAUGAAGAUGAUGACCAAACAAAAUUAUCGGAUGAGCAGGCAACCUUAGCGGAUGAUAAGAACCUCGAAGAGAAUGCUAGAUAUGCCAAAAUUACAAAAAGGAAAACAAAGAAAUUUGUGUCAGAAAUUCAAUAUAAUGCAGCAGAAUUGGAACCUUUCCAAAAGCAAUUCUACGUCGAACCUGAAGAAAUCAAGCAGAUGUCAUCCGCCGAAGUUGAGGAAUUAAGGUUAAAUUUAGACAAUAUAAAAGUAAAAGGUCAUGACUGCCCUAAGCCUAUUACAAAGUGGUCUCAAUUAGGCCUGAAUACCGACGUAAUGGAUUUAAUCACGAAAGACUUUGGGUUUCGUUCCUUAACUCCAAUACAAUCUCAAGCGAUCCCUGCAAUCAUGGAUGGGCAUGACGUUAUUGGUAUUUCAAAAACAGGGUCAGGAAAAACAAUAUCAUAUCUGCUGCCGUUAAUAAGACAUAUAAAAGCGCAAAAUCCACUGAUGAAAAAUGAAACAGGCCCUCUGGGAUUGAUUCUUGCUCCUACCAGAGAACUAGCCUUACAAAUACAUCAAGAAAUUAUAAAAUUUAUUUCGACUGAUACAGCUAUUACAAGUAUAUGUUGUACGGGUGGUUCAGAGUUGAAGCAACAAAUAAAUAGUCUUAAGAAAGGUGUACAUAUCGUAGUUGCAACACCAGGGAGACUUAUCGACUUAUUAACUUUAAAUAAUGGUCGUUUGAUGAGUAUAAAGAGAGUAACUUUCGUCAUUAUGGAUGAAGCUGAUAGAUUAUUUGAUCUAGGAUUCGAACCUCAAAUCACACAAAUUAUGAAAACGAUCAGGCCUGAUAAACAAUGUGUGCUUUUCAGUGCUACGUUCCCGAAUAAACUACGUAAUUUUGCUAUGAGGAUUUUAAGAGACCCAUUAAGUAUAACAAUAAAUUCACAAAGUUUAGUUAAUGAAAGAGUUCAGCAAAGAUUCCAUAUCUGUGCUAAUGAUGAAGAAAAGUUUGAUGAACUGUUAGCAAUGAUCGAAGAGAAUUCAUCGGAGCCUAUAGAAACCACAGAUCUGGGAAAAGAAGAAGAAGAAGAACAUACACCACAAGAUAGGAAAACUAUAAUAUUUGUUGCCAGUCAGCAAAUUUGUGAUUUCAUUGGAACGAAACUUGAAAAUGAAGGGUAUCAGCCAUUUUCUAUCCAUGCAGGCAAAUCAUACCAAGAAAGAGUUCAAAAUUUAGAGAAUUUUAAAUCCACGAAAAAUAGUAUAUUAGUGGCUACAGAAGUGCUGUCUCGUGGGCUUAACAUAACUGAAGUUUCAUUGGUGAUAAUUUUCAACGCAGUGAAAACAUUUGCUCAGUAUGUUCAUACUACCGGUAGAACAGCUCGUGGUAACCAUAGCGGUGUAGCUAUAUCAUUAAUAUUACCAAAUGAACUGAAUGCAGCUUAUAUCAUACGAAAGGCGAUCCGUGACAAUGAGUUAAAUAGUCAUGCUUCCGAUCAGAUAACCAAGUUGAAUGAAAUGGCCAAGGAUUUCGAAAAGGGAAUGAAUUCCGGUAAAUUUAGAUUAUCUAAAGGAUUUGGUGGUAAAGGUUUAGACAAUUUGGACAGUAAAAGAGAAGAGCAACAUAUUGAAGAGAAACGUAAAUAUGAUACCACACCAGAUCUUGGUACUAAAGGGGAUAAGAGAAAUAAUGUGGAUAAGAACUCUACCACUUCUGUAUUUGUUGAUAAAAGUACCGCGCUUGAUUUAACGCAAGUGCCUAAAUUGGACUAUAAAUUUUUACAGGAUAAGACGUUAGACGGUUCAUUAACUGUUAGCGCUAAGGUAAAUGUCAAUGAUUUACCGCAACUUGUGAGAUGGGAAGUGACCAAAAACACGACUUUACUGAAAGUUAAAAAUGAGACUGGAUGUAGUAUUACAAAUAAGGGUAGAUAUUAUCCCCCGGGCCAAGAUCCUCAGAAUGAAAAUGAAGAACCCAAGUUAUAUUUGUUGAUUGAAGGGAGAAAUGAAAAGGAUGUUAGAUUAGGUAUAGAAUUGUUAGAGGAAAAAGUUAAAGAUGGUGUUAAGAAAGUUGAAUAUCAAGCAAUUAAGAGUAAUAAAUAUUAG